AUCUUUUUGAAGAUGGCAUGAAUAUAAAUGAAAACAAACUAACUAUUAAACAUGCGAUAGACUAUAUAGCAGAUGCGUGGAGUAAUGUAUCUGAAGUAACUAUAACUAAUUGUUGGAAAAAAACUGGCAUAUUACCUAUAGUUACUGAAAAUGAUAUAUUCGAUGCAAUGCAAGUUCAGCAAGAUACUUUAACUCAUGAAAAAGAAAAUACUGACCAAUUGAUCAUUGAUAAUUUAAAUAAUAAUGAUCCUUAUACUAAUUCAUUAUCAGCUGCAUUAAAUGAAUUUUUUUAUAGUUUGGAUGAAGAAAUUCCGACUGAAGAUAUUUUGAAUGAAAAUGAUAUUAUAGAUUUAAUUCAAAACGAAAUGCGUAACAAAGAUGAUGAUCCAAAUCAUUCUGAUGAUUCUGAAGAGGAGCCUGAAUUGAUAUCUUUGAGCGAUGCAAGAAAGUCAUUAUAUACGUGGAUAACUUUUUGUGAGCAACAACAAACUGAUGAAUUCAAGAUAGAAGAUAUAAAUAUGUUUAAAAAACAUCUUAAAAUAAUCAAGAGGCUUGAAUUUCAAGCAAAAAAACAG